AGGAAAUAAAAGCUAGAGAACGUUAUCGUUCCCCAGAUCACACACUGCUUCACUGCGCACACACGCACACACACACUCGCCCGGCGCUGAGCCCCACAGCGUCGGUCUGCGGGAAAACGCUGAGGUAUGGAUGUCCAAGAGAGGUUGGCAUUGGAUAUUUCCACCCGAAAUCCCCAGGACGACUUUGAGCUGCUGCAGAGAGUUGGCGGAGGGACCUAUGGGGAAGUUUAUAAGGCGAAGAACAAAGGCACCGGCGACCUGGCUGCCAUAAAGAUUGUGAAGAUGGAGUCAGAUGACGACUGCACUGCGAUCCAGCAGGAGAUCCUCAUCGUGAAGACCUGCCAGCACCAUAAUAUCGUGGCCUAUUACGGGAGCUACAUGCGGUUGAACAAGCUGUGGAUCUGCAUGGAGUUCUGCGGGGCCGGAUCUCUGCAGGACAUUUACCACGUCACUGGCCCCUUGUCUGAGCAGCAAAUCGCCUACGUCUGCAGAGAAACGUUGCAGGGUCUGUCUUAUCUUCACACCCAAGGCAAGAUCCACAGAGACAUCAAGGGAGCCAACAUCCUCAUCAAUGACAAUGGGGAAGUGAAACUCGCGGAUUUUGGGAUCUCAGCCCAGAUCAGCGCCACCUUCGCCCGCAGGAUGUCCUUCAUCGGCACCCCCUACUGGAUGGCCCCCGAGGUGGCAGCGGUGGAGCUGAAAGGCGGCUACAACGAGCUGUGCGACAUCUGGUCCGUGGGCGUCACGGCGGUGGAACUGGCCGAGUUGCAGCCCCCCAUGUUCGACGUCCACCCCCUGCGGGUGCUGUUCCUGAUGUCCAAGAGUGGCUACCAGUCGCCGAAGCUGAAAGACAAGGCGAAGUGGACUCCGGCCUUUCACAACUUCGUGAAGGUGACGCUGACCAAGAACCCCAAGAAGCGGCCGGGUGCCAUCAAGAUGCUGAGCCACCAGUUUGUGGCCCAGCCUGGCCUGAGCCGGAGCCUGACGCUGGAGCUGCUGGAGAAGCUGCGUAACCCUGACAAGCUGCCCCGUUGCUGUGAGCCGGAGGAGGAAGAGGCCGAGCGGCCACCCCCGGUGCCCCAGCGGAUCCACUCCACGCACCGGCACACCCGCGCCGAGCGCAGUAACUCCGACAUCAACCUGCAUCCCAUCAAGAUCCGGACCCGCUGGAAGGAGCCGACGCCUCCGUGUCACGUGGAGAUCUGCCUAGACCUCAGCUACGGCACCAGCGGCAGAGCCCCUGACUCCAUGGGCAGUGCCAGGGUCAACGUGUCGGACUCAGACAACGACUACGACGACGUGGACAU